AAUUUUAAUAUUUUCAUGGUAGGCAAUUGCCCCCCCAACCCACAACGUACCUCCGCCUCUGGCUACAAGACCAUAGAUGGGAGAGGGGCAAAAGUGGAAAUUGCGUACGGACCGUGCAUUACGAUACAACAAGUGACGAACGUAAUUGUGCAUGGGAUCAGCAUCCACGACUGCAAACCGGCGAAGUAUGGAAUGGUGAGGAGUAGCACAACGCAUGUCGGUCAUCGAAAAGGAUCGGACGGUGAUGCGAUCGCUAUUUCCGGUUCGUCUCAUAUUUGGAUCGACCAUUGUUAUCUAGCGAGUUGUACGGAUGGCCUGAUCGAUGUGAUUCAUGCUUCCACGGGAAUCACCAUUUCCAACAACUAUUUUACUCAGCAUGUUAAAGUGAUGUUGCUCGGACACAACGAUAACUUCGUGCAAGAUGUGAACAUGAAAGUGACUGUGGCAUUCAAUCAUUUUGGACCAGGACUUGUGGAGAGAAUGCCAAGGGUAAGACGAGGUUACGCUCAUGUGGCAAACAAUAGAUACGAUAAAUGGAUAAUGUAUGCAAUUGGUGGUAGCGCCGAUCCAACCAUUUUCAGUGAAGGAAACUAUUUCAUUGCUUCUGAUAAAUCUAACAGUAAAGAGGUGACAAAGAGAGAAGUGAAAGGAGGGUGGAACAAUUGGAGAUGGAGAACUUCAAAGGACGUUUUCAAGAACGGAGCUUACUUCGUACCUUCCGGUUACGGCAGCGUUGAUUUGCCAUACAGUUCCGCUCAGCGAUUCACAGUGGCUCCAGGGAACAUGGUUCCUUCUCUAACCGCAGACGCUGGCCCUCUAAACUGCAACCGCAAUCUCCCUUGUUAUUAGUAUAGAAGAGGUGAAUGCGAAAACCAAAAGAAAAUGUUACAUGUGUAUACAUACUCUUUUCACGAGAUGUAUCUAAUUUCUGGUAGAUCACGUUACUUUUCUUUAUAUUUACUUAGUUUAAAUCGAUUAACUAUAUGUUUUGAUAGUGCUUCA